GCCGAGUUGGGGCAUGACGCUGCGCAGCAGGCGGCCCAGCAGGCGAGUGGUGAUCGGAGCCGUAGGCGUUAGACAUCGAUGCGUAGCUCCGAUUGCCAUUUGGAGGGGGAGAGUGAGGGCACGAAGCAGGAGCAGACGGAGGAGACCGGGUUGAUAGAGCGGGAUGACGGUUGGGUGAGGAGGGAGAAGACGGAGGAGCGGGCGGAAGUAGACUCGCAGUCCGAGGCGAGCUAUGAGGAAGAUUCCCCACGGACAGCCCGGUGGGCCAGUGGUAGCGGUGAUGGUCGGCGUGCUCGGAGCCCCUAUGAACUUAGGAGAGGGAGAGCAUCACAGAAGGCGUAUCAUCAGUACUUUGAGGGCGUUUGAGGUGUGCAUUUCCUUAGGCGUUAUUGCGUUAUUGGGAGGAUUGGAUGUCUAUGCCGCUGGGGGCUAGGUGCAUU